AUGUCUCAAGCCCCGGAUGUGCCAGCCAUGCGCUCUAUGAAUGCUCAGACCUUCCGCUGUUCCAAGCGCAAAACAUUUAACGUUAACCUUAUUCUGUGUCCACAUCCUGGUUGCUCCCGCACUUUCAAGAAUAGAUCUGGGCUCAUGCAGCACAGGCACGCAAUCCAUGACUUCUCAUUUGAGAUACAAAGGGAAGCUCCCCCAAAUGAAAUGCAAGACGAAGCUCCCCCAAAUGAAAUGCAAGAGGAGGCUCCCCCAUAUGAUGGUGAUGUUGAGAUGGACUAUCAGCCUACAUCUGGAGGCACCCACCGUGACUAUCAUCCUCAACUAGACGGUCAUAUAUGUGACGAAGCAGGUGAUUUCAUUCACCCAGAUUCACCUCCACCUCCUUAUACCUCUCGAGCCCCGGAUGACUGGACGCCUUAUCAUAAUCAACUCGAGUUCGAAAUGGCUGAGUUUCUAUAUAUGAAGGUCCAAAUGUCCGGAGGCGAUAUUGACAAGCUCAUGCACUUGUGGGGUGGCACACUUGCCAAACACAAUGACGCCCCUCCAUUUGCAGAUCGCCGUGAUUUGUAUUCGACUAUCGACAACACACCAGUUGGAGAUGUCCCAUGGAAAAGUUUCUCGAUGAAAUACAAUGCUAACAACCAUGAUACAAGAAACGUGGAGAGUGCACCAUGGAUGGAGAAAACGUAUACUACAUGGUUCCACAACCCACACACCAUCAUCCGGAACAUGCUCGCCAACCCGGAUUUCAAAGAUGAGAUGGACUAUGUACUGUACCGGGAAUUUAAUGGAGAGGGUGACAAUGCAAAGCGCCAAUGGCGCAACAUGAUGUCAGGUAAUUGGGCAUGGGACCAAGCGGAUGAGAUUGCAAAAGACCCCCUCACUCAUGGUGCAACCUUCGUCCCUGUGAUCCUUGGAAGCAACAAAACGACCAUGUCAGUAGCAACUGGACAAAACGACUACUACCCACUGUAUACUUCAAUCGGCAAUGUUCAUAAUAAUGUGUGUCGUGCCCACCGAAACGCUGUUGCCAUUGUCAGUUUCUUGGCUAUCCCAAAGACUGCAAAAAAAUAUGCUGAGGAUCCGCACUUCCGCAAAUUCAAGAAGCAACUUUUACAUAGUUCGCUGUCAAAGAUAUUGUUGUCCCUCAAGCCUUCAAUGUCCAUUCCUGAGGUCGCGCGCUUCGGAGAUGGGCACUUUAGAUGCGUGAUAUAUGGCCUAGGACCGUAUAUUGCUGAUUACCCUGAACAAUCUGCCCUCGCUUGUGUUGUUUAUAAUUGGUGUGCAAACAUUCAUUUUUCUCUCCUUGUUGAUGCUUUUCACCUUUUCACAAAUGAUUUUCCUCGUGCUGAUAUUCAUGAACUCCUGUCGCCGGACAUUUUGCAUCAGAUCAUUAAAGGCGCCUUCAAAGACCAUCUGGUCACAUGGGUUGAGCAGUAUCUACUGAAGGAACACAGGAAGACACGUGCAAAAGGGAUCCUUGAUGACAUUGAUCGUCGGAUAGCUGCAGCACCCUCUUUUGCUGGACUUCGCCGAUUUCCUGAAGGGCGAGGGUUUUCACAAUGGACGGGCGACGAUUCGAAAACUCUCAUGAAAGUUUACCUUCCAGCAAUUGAGGGACAUGUCCCUCAAGACAUUGUUCGAUGUUUUCGCACAUUUCUCGAGUUUUGCUACAUCGUGCGGCAAGACAUCAUCACUGAAGACACUCUUGAGAAGCUUGCAGAUGCACUCCAGCACUUUCACCAGUACCGGAAAAUCUUUCAAGACACAGGAGUUCGAUUGAAUGGGUUUUUGCUACCACGCCAACAUUCACUCUCUCACUAUGUUUUACUCAUUCACAUGUUUGGAGCGCCAAACGGGCUGUGCUCAUCGAUAACGGAAUCAAAACAUAUUAAGGCCGUCAAGGAACCUUGGCGACGGUCAAGCAAAUGGUGUGUUGGAGGGGCCAAAAGCACAGAGCAACUUAAUCCACUCAUCAAAUCCAAUAUUGGAGAACGCUCUCGUGCUCGCAAUAUACGUGCUCUGGCAGUCGAGAUGGACAUUCCUGAUCUUCCUCGACUCGUCCGACUCUUCCUUUACGAUCAGCUUCUUGCUGACGACUCUCACACCUCGGAUGACGUUCCCCUCAGCCCUAUCAAAGUCUUCAACUCAGCAGUCGCCACAUUUUUUGCUCCAAGUGACCCAAGCGGCAUUGGUGGGAUGCGCCAUGAGCACAUUCGGGCUGCACCAUCAUGGCGGAGAGGUCCUCCUCGCUGCGACACCGUUUUCAUCAACACUGCCAGUGAAGACUCGAUCAAUGGAAUGGAGGUUGGACGUGUCCUAUGUUUUUUCUCAUUCUGUCACAGCAAGGAGAUCUUUCCCUGUGCGCUGAUACAUUGGUUCAAGCUUAUCGGGAACAAACCAGAUCCAGACAUUGGCAUGUGGAUGGUACAGCCAUCCUUUCAUGAGGAUGGCUCACAAGAGCUCUUCAUUAUACAUCUCGACACAAUCAUUCGCGCAUCACACUUGCUACCGAUUUUCGGCAAUGAUUUUAUUGAAGAUGACAUUAAAUUUCACAACUCCCUGGAUUUGUUUAAAGGUUUCUAUGUAAACAAAUUUGUAGAUCAUAACUCGUUCAAAAUAGCAUCUUGA